AUGGAUAAGCAUGAUUUGCUGAAGACAAUCACACCCCCAGACUCUGCAACAGCUGACCAAAGCUUUACAUUUAGAGUGGGAGAGUGGUACAUCUCAAAAUACAUGUCCAGAUACGGACUUUAUAAAAGGCCACCUUUCGGAUAUUUUAAAAGAUAUUACAGACCACAAACAAUCAUUAAAAAAGUUGCAGUGCCAAUAAUUAAACAUGUUCCAGUAUAUAAAACUAUCAUCAAAAGAGUUCCUAUCAUAAAGAAAGUGCCAGUAACGGUAGUUCGUAAAGUCCCUGUGUAUAAGAAAGUUGAAGUCGUGAAGCAAGUACCGAAAGUUAUUAGGAAGCCAGUCCCUGUGCCAAAGCCUAUUAAGGUGGAAGUUCCUGUUAAAGUUCCUUACCCUGUUGAGGUGCCUAUUGAAAUUCCGGUCAAAGUCCCAGUUGAAAAACACAUCCCCGUCCCUGUCCCUGGAGGUAAAACAGACCUUGGCUUGCCAGGUGUAGAUAUUGGUAUAGUUGAUGGACCAGGAGGCCAUUUUGACAUUGGAGGGGGACAUGGAGAUCUUGGGGCUGGGGGAGCGGGAAUUGGAAUAGGUGGUCAUGGCGGAUUAGAUUUUGGAGGUCCUGUAGAUAUUGGUGGGCCUGAUUUAAACAUCGGAGGUUCGGGAGUAGGAAUCCAUGAUAAAGGAAAUGGAGGCGGAGGCGGUAGUGGCAACGGAGAUAUUAACAUUGGACUCGGUCUUGGAUUCGGCGAUGCUAUCGGAAAAGGCAGUGCAGGUGAUGGUGCCGCCAUUGGCGUCGGCGGUGGACCUGCAGGUGCGUGGAAUGGACCAGGGGAUGGUAUAGCACUUGGGGCAGGGGGUCCAGAUGGGGCAAUGGGUAUUGGGAUAGGGACUCCAGGCGGAUUGUCAAUAGGAGCUGGUUUCGGAAAACCCGAUUCUGGGGGAGGAAUUGGAAUUACCUCAGGUGUUAAUGGCGGGGGAGUAGGUAUUGGGGGAGGAACUAAUGGAGGGGGUGGUGGGGCACUGGGUGGAACCGCUGGUGUUGGCUUUGGAGUUGGACAAGGAAAGAAUUCCCUAGGACUUGGAAUGGGAUUAGAUCAAAUCGCAAAUACUGUCAUGAUAACUGAUGCCGAUCAUGUAAAUCUUGGACCUGGAAGUGGAUUAAAUCAGGGUUCCAGAGUAAUUGUCAGUGAUGCUGAUCAUGUUGGAUUUGGAGGCGGUUUAGACGGUGGAAUGGAUCAUGGUAUGAUUGCUCCAGUCGCCAUUUUAGGCGUUCAUGAUUCCGGUGCAGGAGCUCCCAUAGUUGAUCCCCUAGUCGGAGGUAAUGGAUGGGACAAUGGUCACAAUGGUUUCGAUAAUGGUUUUAACAACGGGCCAGUGGUAGGAGGUGGGCAUGGUGGUUUUGACAAUGGUUUUAACAAUGGUCACCUUGGUGGAAGUGGUUCAGGUUUAGAUGCAGGCUUUGACAAUGGCUUAGGGGCUAUAGUCGAUAAUGGAGCUGGUAAAGGCAUCGGAAAGAAAGGUAGACUGUCUUGUAAAUACAAAGUGAAGCAAGGAGAGUUGGACCUGGGGUCGCUUCAUAAAAUGUUCUCAUUAAGUUAUGUUCAUAUCAUGCCAAUAAACAUCUCAUUUUACCCAUCAUUCUGA